CAAUUUCAUGAAGUUUAGUUACUUACAUAGCUAUUGUAAUAUUGUUAACUUAGUUAAAUGUUGAGAUGAGUAUUAUAAAAGUUUAUUCUCUUUUCUUGUUUUUUCCUGGAUUUUUGGUUUGUGCUUCGAAUUCUAGUUAUAUUCUAAAAACUCCAUACCAUUUCAAAUACAAUGUAAGUGAUGUUUUGAGCAUGGAUAUUAUCAUGAUCAAUAUACCGCGGAGUGUGUAUUACUUCUCUGUUUAUACUGAUGAAAAACGCCUAAUAUACAACCAUGAAAUCUCAAAUUGGGAUAAAUGCCAUAUUAAAAUUAAUGGAAUAGCGAUGCAGAACACACAUAUUUCUAUGCAUUUGCAAUUGCUCCACUCUUUCUCUUCAUGUGCCACUGUGGACAUAGCCUACGGACAACAAAACUAUGAUUAUAACUUGCCAUCCAACAAAAACGAAACUAACUAUUGUUUAAAUGACAAACAUUGUACGAUUGUUGUGGAUUUUCAAAAUUCUUGUACAAGAACAAUACCUUAUUUCAAUUGUUCAUCGGUUGAUCGACUCGUCGUGUGCACCAAACAGGAGUACAACGAAGCUACAUUCACGUGGCAGCAGUUCUAUGAUGGUGGUUGUUAUAUAGGCACUGCACCAAAGAUAAGUGCGGCGAUAUCAAAAUUUAUAUUUACUGUAGAACCCUUCGAUAACAACACAUUUGUGAAAGUAUCGCCAAUCCAUUCUACUUCUAGUAAAAUAACUGUGAAUCCUAAUUUCAUCUCUGAAGAAAAAACUAUAAGCAAAUUGACAUUUACAGACUCAACAGAUAUUGAAUUUGAUUGUGAAAUAUAUUUACAGCGUAGCAAAUAUGUAUACGUAGGCCUUAUUAACACAACUGAAAACAAGAUAACGACACUGAAUACAACAAACAUUAAUAAAAAAUAUGGUGAAGAAUAUAACGGUAGUAUUUUAUGUUGUUUGUAUUACACGACAACUGAAAAAACACCUGAAACUCCCACGUCCACGACAACUGAAAAAUAUGUAACUCGAUUUGUACGGAAUAAGACACUGUUAUUAUAUAAUACUGAAGAACUUGAAAAUAAUACAGAAAGUAUAGUGAUAUGUAUCAGAAGAAUUGAUUUAAUUUAUGCAGCGUCUGUGCUGGGGUUGGCAAUAUUAUUUUUAGCGGUAUUUUUGGUGAUCAAGAAAAAAUAUUGCAAAAAAACUUCUCCGGUCCUAGUUGAAACAGUGGAAUGCACCACAUUUCCGACAACAGAUGGAACUGUGAACACUGCUUACGAAAACUACAGGAACAAGUCACAUACCAAUCAAGCUGAAUCAAACUACGCAGAAAUUAUAGGAGUAUUAACACCACAUACUUAUGAAAACGUGCCUAAGCAAUUAAAAUUAAAUUAGUAAGGCAUAGUUAAUUAAGUUAAAGUAAUUUAUUGGGUCCCUUUUGUGGUAUGAAGUGAGGCGCGGGGGCGGGCUAAAGCGGUGAUUGGCCCGCAG